GGUUCUUCUUCGACUCUCGGUAUCUGCAUCGUGACGACCUCAUCCACCCAACUCAGUAUUCUGGGACCAGCUUUCUGGAUGAAUUUGUCCGCUUUUAUAUGCCAAGAUUCGCGGCGAGUGUACAGACAGCGGGCGCACGAUAGUUGAUACAUCCGCCCCGCCAUUUCGACCUCAGCCUCAACUUUCUUCCGCCUCGGGUUUCUUGAUCAGAAACGUCUCCCAGGAUAUCGUCCGCAGAACUGCAUACGAUGAACCGAUGGCACGAGUCCGGAUGUCGACGACCAGAUGUCAGUGCCGCUAGUGGUAUCCUGUGCUGCAACUACUGUUUCGCUGUUCCGACCUUGGAAGAAGGCCUAAAGCUGCCUGUAUUAUCGCCGCUGGACGGCACCCAUUAUGACCAUACCUGGCCAUCGGCUGUCCAAGAUGAUAAUUCUAGCAUAUCUGGGGAAAAGCCAAAGCAGGGCAAUUGCCCAGCUGGUCCAUCAAGCUUGCAGUCACGAGAGCCAGGAUUCCCAAAGAUCACACCUAAUGACGGCAUUCGCCUUGUGCGGCUGAAGGCUGGCCCAUUUGACAGCCCCCUGCAUGUCGAACUGGAUGUCGUGCGCAUUCAUAGCAUUCCUGUGCCCUUGUAUGACGCUUUAUCGUACACUUCUUUCGACGAAAUAGGCGGCCAAGACGAGCUUCGUCCAGUGUUUGUGGGCAAGUACUGGGACAUUGUUUAUGUGCCGCAUAACUGCGAGCAAGCGCUCCGCUCCAUUCGGGGUGAGAAGGCUGACAGAAUAGUCUGGGUGGACUCUUUAAGCAUCGAUUCAGCAGAUGUUCGGGAGAAGAGCCAACAAGUUGCUUUGGUCGGUCACAUUUACAGAAGGGCGACCAAAGUCAUAGCUUAUCUAGGCCCUGAAACAUCAGACAGUGCCAACGCCUUGGGCUUUCUCAAGAGCAUUGCGGUAGCCGGACCAGGGAUGACGGUUGAAAAGAUGCAUAUUGACAAAGAGAUCCGAGCGGCCCUAAAAAGCCUUCUAGAGAGACCAUACUUUUGCAGGAUAUGGGCCGUUCAACAUGUCCUGUUGGCUCGCGAGCUUGAAGUAGUCUGUGGCAGACAAUGUGCGCCAUGGCCCAAGACACCUUUUGCACAGACUCAUCCAGAUCUUUCUAUACCUGAUUGGCUGUUCCGGAACCAGAAUUGGUAUGGGCUUACUGAUCGCGAUCUUCUGCCAAUUUUGAUCAAGGCAUCGCCGUACAAGUGCUGCGACCCGCGUGACAAGAUCUUUGCCGUUUCUGGCUUGAUAGCUGAGAGUGGAAUUGUCCCUGACUAUACGGUUUCCAUGGAGCGAGUAUAUAUUGGACUUACUGAAUACCUUGUCAAAUGUUGCAAUGCGAUGGAUGUGUUCAAAUUAGCUGGGCUGCGGAAGAAGUCUUUCGAUCUUCCGUCCUGGGUCCCGGACUGGUCUCAGGCAUUGUGCACCCGGGAUAUACCCACAUCAACUGAAGAUUCACUCGAUAAAGAGGAUGGUCAGCUACCGGGCCCAACCCAUGUGCUUUUCAAUGGUCUGCUUGGCCAUGAAUGCGAAAUUCAGAGAGACGCCGCUACGUCGGUCCUGCGGACACGAGCCAUCAAGCUGUGCGAUCUGAGAGGAACAGUCCAGCGAGGCAAAGGCUAUACACACCUCAGUAUAUCACUUAAACGAAGAGCAACACUGUACGUCACUGUGCCGGAUCCGGAAUACCAGCCGGGGGCAGACGGCCUGUUUAUCCUGGGUGGGUAUGACAGCCCUGUCAUUCUCAGAGACAAUCUUGUCUCAAGGGGUUAUACACUUGUAGCGACAUGCGCUCUCUCAUUCUGGAUGCCUGCUUCCCGGGGGGUGUUAGAGCCAUCGAGAACAAGGGGAAUCCCAGGUAUUACAGUAGCGCCACUCUCGCCGGAAGAGAAGAUACUGAUUCGAGAAUUCCACUUGAGUCUGGAACAGGCUAGCCAGAUUCCCUCUUCUGCUACUCUCGCAGUCCCCAUCUCCUUUUCAACCAUUCGCGACCGGGUACUGAGCUAUUCCAUGAUCUCGCUGACGCCUCUACCACGGCACGAGCAACAAUUGCAAGAAACCUGGCACACCUUAAACAGCGAACUCGGAUGGAUGUUUCGCGAUCAAGAGGCAAUCUGGCAGCUUCUCCAAGAGGUCAAUCGACUCAAUGCCACCGAGCAACGAGGCGAAGCCCGCAUGAAGAUCCACCCAGCCCUGGUCAUGAAAUAUUGCGGCACAGACAGUUCAGCGACACUAUACACCUGGGACUUGCGUCGAUUCUGCUGGUCAUUCUUGCAUCGCGUCGACCCAGCGAACACGGCCCCGGAGCCCCAUUGGUCUCCUAUCCUGGACCAAAUGAUGGCGCGUCUCCCGGAUAUCCGAAAAUGGGCGGAAACGACCGAGCAGCUGUUGAGGCUGUUCGAAUAUAUUGAAUUAGUGGUGGAGCAUUGCUGGACAUGGCUUCCGGGUAAUCAACUGUCUCAGAAGUGGACAGCUCAUUACGACAACUUCUGCGCUGCCGUGGGAAUGGAUACGCCGCGGGACCUGUUGAACCAGAGACCAUCUCUUGAUGAGACUUGCCACUGGGAUGUUCAGGAGUUCGAGAACCACCUCCGGGCGAGAGCGCAGCUAUGGGAGCUGAACCGGCCGCCUGAGCUCACUGGCCGAGACGCUAAUAGUUUGAUGGUGCAUACUGGGCUCCGGUCUUUGGGGUUGGAGUUGUAUGAUGAGCAGGUAGUUGAGAUCUGGUGAUUGCACAAUGCCUCCAUCAGGACUCGCUUUCUGUAAUUGCAUUCCAUAACCAUGGUGGUCUACGCAGAUAUGCGUCCAGACUAUCUAU